AUGACAGUGGACUCUGGUGCCGAUCACUCCACUAUAGCUAUAAUCAGACAAGCACCAAGAGAUUAUUCGACCAAGGAAUCUGAUAAGACCAAGACUCCUGACAAGCUUGACAAGUUUCUCGCUAGUGGGAAUAUUACUCUCAACUGUCUCAUUUCUGAUGAGGGAGUGAACGAUAUUUUCGAAGUAACGAUAUCUAACGCUAACAACAAUAGAGUCUCUUCUCUUGCGGAGGCAAUCAGAACCUCUGAUAGUGUCAUAAUCAACGACUUAAGAAACAUCAGUGAAUUUGAAGUAGAAGGUGCAAUAAGAAUGGAACCGCAAGACACCAUUUUUACUCAUUUUCCUAUACAACCCCAACGUAUCUUUGGUGGUGAAAAGGGAAUUAAUGUUAUUGUGUACCCUCCCGCUGAAAGGGUGCCAGAGGUACUAAGCAAAGAUAAUUAG